UUGAUUUGACAACGGAUUUCUCUUUCUCACUAGUGCUCAUAUUUGUGUCUGUUUACUUAAUGCGUAAACUUCUUAUGGAGUAGGAAUUACUUCCGUGUAGAAGAUACAUGAUUGUCAUGGACAGACCAUCUAGGAAUAGGAAGGCUAUCAAUUAUUCACAGUUUGACAACAUUAACAGUGAUGAUGAUGGAGAUUUUAUAAGUACGUCAGCACCUCCCAGUAAGAAAACUCGUAUAAAACCUACAGAAACAAAAGUAAACAAGAAGACUCAAAAGGUUGAAAUUGAACAUCAUAAUAAAACCAUUGAGAAAAGGGCUUCCUUGGAUGAUAAGCUGUAUGAGAGAGACUUGGAAGCUGCUUUAAUGUUAUCGUUGCUUCAUAAGACAAAUGAGGACUCUGCUGUGGAAGAAUCACAAACAAAAGAUUCAGACAGCUAUGUGGGUACUCCUGAAUCAGGAAAGAUGGAUACAUCGCUGCUUCUUUCCAACUGCAGUGUGGACAGCAGUCUGCUAGGUCUGGAUAAGAUCAUAGAUGAAAAUGCUGUACCAGUGAAAGGCCGAAAACAGAGGCACGCUGCUUCAAAGGCUGCAUCACAACAGAGGAAGAUAAUUUUGGAUGACAAAGGCAGUAAUGAUGAUGGAGAAGAUGAAGAUGACUAUGAGCCAUUAAGUGGUUCAGUAACAGAAGGAGAUUCCAUGAGCGAUGCUGAUUUCAGUGAUGAGGAAUUCAAAGUGAAAAGUGUGAAAAAAGCAAAAGAAAAUAGUAAGGAAAAUAAACCAAAAACCCAGACACCAAAGAACAGAAAAAAUACUCCAAAGUCAAGAAUUAAUGCAACAGUGACUCCUACCACUUCAACUCCAUUGAUUGAAAGAGUAAAGUCAAAGCCACCAUUAAGGAAGUCACUGCCCUCAUCCCCUGAAACGUUAUCAAAGCCACUGGUUACAGCAAGUGCGUCCACUGGUGUGAGGAAGCCUAUGUGGACACCUCCAGCAUCUUCAGGAACUAGCAAUAAGCCUUGUGUUGGAGUUUCUGUGAGGAUUCCAUGUCAGGGUUUGAGACUUGGUUUGUCACGGCUAGCAAGAGUGAAACCACUCCAUCCGAGUAUAGCUGGCAAUUAACUUGGCCUCAUCCUUAGAAAACUGAUUUACCUAAAUUCUGUAAUUAUGAUUUUAAUCUUGUUUUCUUGUUUAUACUUAAGUAAAUAUUAAUUUUUGAGCACUUCCUGACAGCACAUUACAUCUUGGAGUGCUAGUUGAAACCUGAUAUUUUAAUAAGUCUGCUGUUUACCAGAAGACAACAUUUGUGCAUUGAGAAGAGUAGUAGUAGAAGAAUGCUGAAAGGACUAUGGCAGCUUCUUCAGACCUUAAGAAUGCCUUUGUCUGCUGAAGCCUAAAGGAGAGCUGGUGCUAAAGGAUCUUGUGUUUAUAGCAAAAGUAUGAAGAGAGUAUUUGCUGCUUCACUGCUUAAAGCAAUGGAUGCUAGACACCUGAAAACAACAGUCAUCAUGAGACAAGUGAAAAACUGAAAAGAAAAUCCACUAUCCAGCUAGAUGAAAUGUAUAGUUGUAAAAUAUUGCAGAAAUAAGGCAUUUUUUUAAUUGAGUAUCUUUUCUUGUACGUUUUCUUUAAACAGCUCAUACUGGAGCCCUGAUAGUGAUUACAGUAGUUUUACCUUGUGUUGUAUGUUUUUUUCUUCAUAUUGUACUUGCUUUUUUUCUUUUUUGUAAGCUAUCUCAGUACAUGCUGGGUAUACUGGGGAAAAUGAUGCAUAAAUGAAAUGGCUUAAGUGAUGAUGCAUGGUUAUUAAUUGUUUAGACCAGUAGAUAUGAGAUCCCACUCCACUGCCAGUCAUUUACAGUAAUUACUUAUAUUUUUCCACUUCCCUCCCCACACCAUCUUAAUAUACCUUUUGUUGAAUUUUGAAGUAUGAUUUACUCCAUGUUGCAUGCAGUAGGACUGCAUUGUCUAAGAAGGGAGCUCUAAUAUCCUUGAAUGUGGUUCAGAUUGAUGUACCUAACUAUUCCAGCUUGUCUUCAUGGGUAAGUUAUACUCAGCCCAAACUGAGUGUGUACUAUUGGCAUUGUUUCUUCCCUUUCUCUGUCUCACCCCUCCCCCCUCCCCAUUUUAAUAGAAUAAUUUCAUUCUGGACCUUACUUCCAAAGCUGUCAGGAAAGGUAUACCAUUACUAACCUGGUAAGCUACAUCACUGCUUAAUUUGAUUUCUUCAUUUUUCCCAUCUUUCUACCAGAAUGCCAGUGUUCUGUCCCUAUCACAACUCACUAAUGGUUAUAGUACCUUUUAAAAUAUUUAAACAACCCCAGUUUUAAGCUGCUACAAAUCUCAACAAAUUGUUUGACUGGUAGUUUCCAAACCAGCAGACAACCUCUGAAAAACCUGUAGGAUCAUGCAUUGGUAAUUUCCUACUUUUUAUGUCACUGAAGUAUAAAAUUAUUUUUAAUGUUU